CACGAGUACAAUUCAUACUUACUACCUGAUCUCCACAAGUGUGGCGCGACCGCCGACCUCCGACGGCCGUGGCCCCAAAUUUCGCAAAAUGUGGACGGAACCCAAAAAAUCUCCGCUGAACGAAGUGGCGCAUUGCGCAAUUUCAAUCGUUUAAUGCCAUGGAACAUACUUCUUCUCCCUAUAUUAUACCGACAUCGACAUGAACACGAAAAGCAGACGAUCAAGCUAGACGGAGAAUAAAGAGGACAUCCACAUAUGCAGCGCUACAGUUGCCCCCACAAUCCUGUACAGCGCGGUGCCACAUCCCGCCAUGACAACUGGUGACCUACUCGCAAGGUUACGCGCUGCCAUCAAGGAGCCACAUACAUCAAUCCACAGACUUAAUAUCACUCGCAUCCCCCUCUGUCUACCGCCAUACACAGACAGUCCAGACCUCUACCUCCUAGGUCUAUCACGCUAUGCAGAUAUCUUCUUCGCAAUCGAAGAGGAAUGGCUCUCUUUAAUCGGAGAUCCCGUUGAAUGGAUGUCUCAAGAUACACAUACCGCUGUCAAUCUCAAUGCCGAGGUCUCCAGCCCAGAAGAUGAUAGUUCUUCAACAGUUGAUACAAAUGACCGCAUCAAAUCCGUCCUGCGGAUGCUCUACAUGCCUGAUUUACUACGCACAAGGGCACUACAAGAUGAUCUACGCUUCCUGAACGCAAUCUGUCCACCCAAUACCCAGAUUCCGAUUCAAUCAAUCGAGCACCAGGAUACAAAUGCAGGACAACGAAUCAAACACGAAAUGCACCACCGGAUUCAGGAUAAACCACAUAUCCUGGUUGCAUACAUGUGGAUCAUGUACUCAGCCCUCCUGUACGGGGGACGGGAUAUUCGCGCGCUUCUCCUCAAAGCCGGCCCUGAGUUUUGGGGACUUUCGCUUGCGGAGAUCCGUUCUCAGAGGAGGAUACCUUGUCCCUUAUCUUUUUGGCAUGUUGAGGAUGAUGGGGAUGUGAAAGCCAAGUUUCGUGCUGGCAUGAGUGACGUGGACAGGUUGUUGAGUGUUCUGGAACAGCAGGAUAUCUUGGAGGAGGCUGGGAAGAUUUUUGAGAUCUUGGAGGUGUUGACAAGGAGUUUGGAUGAAGAUGUGAAAGUUUUGACAGCUCGUGUAUGAAUUGGAAAUACCUAUCAUGUAUAUACAAUUCUUGUUUCCUGCACAUACAUCACCUAUACCUAUCCUAGUUCACCACGCAAACCAAGCGCCGACCAUGAUUCAAAAUUGAAAUGCUCAAAAAUGACACCAGGG